AUGGACCCUGCCCGCAACCGCGCAGGGCCGAGGCCAAAGCCAGCUCCCCCCAAGCCCGUUUGUCAGUCAAGUUGCGGUGGAGUCUUCGACGAAAAUAACCCCCUCCUCGAAAUAACCUGUCCUUGCGGGUUCGGAUACUAUGAUAAGGAGCGACACCGCUUUAUACCCGGGUCAUUGGUCAGGGGUGGCAAUGCGCCGACCAGAGAAGAAUACGUGGCCCACGUCCGAAGUUGCGAACAACGCGAGGAGGGCGCACCCAUUUUGACACCAUUUUCUGGCCAAAUAUUCCACGGGGCGAAGAUCACGGCGAAGAACUGCACACUGAAGAAAGGACUCAUCGAGAAAGAGGUGCUUGAAUUUUACCUCAACUCGAUUCUCCACAAGGUUGUGCACAUCGAUGAAAAACCCGACGAGUACAUCAUCUACGGUAUAGAUUCAAUAUCACCAAUAGACCAGCAAAACAUUCACAAUGAUUCUCGUGCAUGGACACGGGAGGCAAUAUCAACGAACGAUGAGCUGCUAUACGGGGACUCCGAAGUUGCCAAAAGACGGAUGGAGAGCGCUGGAAUUAGCACAGAUCAGUCAAGCUCCCCUGAGCGGGAUGCAACCCUUUAUGAGAAGAAUAGUUCGACCCGCAGCGACGACGGCCAUGGUCGGAUUCCAUCAUAUUCUAGGCCUCCUAAUUCUAGUUAUAGGGCCGCCUUGUACCGUUUCCCCAGCGACAACCUUGCCUCAAGCCCUCCGACCACUAGCGCCAGUUACGGUACCCCUUCCUUUACGUCGUAUACCGCGAAUCCGAUAACCAGAGCUAACCCCAUCUUCCCUGGUCCUGCAGGCCCUCCAAAGGAUGUGGCCAUCAGCAGUGUGCCGACGAAAUAUCCUCUUCGUGAAAGAGCCGACUCUGCCAUAUCAGUUCCAGACGCGGAUGUAGAUCCAGGGGGAGCGGGAAGCAGACUACAAGUCACGUCCGGUUCGACUGGUCCCCGACGGCAAGAUCGGACGUAUCGCGACAGUCGACGAAGCAUGUCCCCUGAAGACGAGGCUCUGCAGAGGCCACCCCAACGCCCGGCGGCAAAGAGCGAGAGAUACAGUGGGCACUUAUCCCGUCGACCAGAACCCAAAGAAGAUCGAGGUCAAAAGCGACCAAAGUAA